AUGAAGAAGACGUUGCUAUUAUGCUUCAUACAUGGCUUUAAAGGCAGCGACAGCACCUUCGGGACGUUCCCCUCACAUCUGAAGGCUUUGCUGCAGCAUGCAUUACCUAAGGUUACAGUCCUUGCGAUUACGUAUCCGCAAUUUGAGACGAGGGGAGACCUGCACGAUUGCGUGGGGAGAUUCAAGGAGUGGCUGCAGAACAAGGUAAUUGACCUCGAAGUCGCAAAUGGCACGCCGUCGCCUACUGUCGACCCCUCUGUUCAUACUAUACUCGUCGGUCAUUCGAUGGGUGGCAUUGUGGCUGCGGAGACUCUCCUUUCACUUAUAGAGGACCAACCUAUUCCCUCCCUUCAAAACUCUGCCUCGCACUCGGCAUCAUCAUUCCAAGACUCUUCCAGUCUAAUGUUUCCCUACAUACAAGCGAUUCUCGCUUUCGAUACCCCGUAUCUUGGUAUCGCACCUGGAGUCGUAGCCCAUGGCGCGGAGAAGCAUUGGAACACCGCGAGUUCGGCAUACUCGGCAUAUUCAAAUGUCGCUGGCGCUUUCGGGUGGGGAAAAGGCACGGAGGCCGGUGCUCAGACCGCAGUGAAUUCGAGCAGAAUGUUGGAAGGAGCACAGAGAUCUGCACAGGCAGUCAGUGACGCAAACGCGGACGCCGCAUCAGUACCACUCUGGCAGAAGUACGGUCGAGUCGCUCUGUUUGCAGGCGCUGCAGGAGCAGUUGCGGCUGGCGGCGCAGCUGCAUACAUGAAGCGAGAGCAGAUAUCGGAAGGCUUGGGCUGGGCGACGUCGCACUUGGAAUUUGUAGGCUCGCUAGCCAGGCCUGAAGAGAUGAAGAAGCGACUUACCAGCAUCACGAAGCUUGGACAGACCCACAACAUCGGCUUCAUCAACAUCUAUACUACCCUCGGCCACGCCGUCGACUCACAGGGAAAGUCUUCGUGGACAGGCAAAGUCGUCGGCCGUGACCGGACUUUCUGUAACCUUCCGAAAGGCGACCUGCGGCAAUACUUUGUGCCAGCUGUCAACGACAGAAGCACGGCGGAGACAUGGGCGCACAUGUCUAUGUUUGAUCCGAAGCAAAACCCUGGCUACUACAUCAUGAGCGAGCAUGCAAAGGAGCAUGUCAUUGAUUGGGCGACAAAUGAGUGGUACGAGGAUAGUGAUGGGGCCAUGAAGGGUGUCAGCAUUGAAGAAGAGGAGGUGCUGGUCGAUAGGCCCCAGGAAGAGGAAUUCGAGGAUGUGAAGAAGCCCCCUAACGAUAACCCGUGGAGGGAAGAACUCUGA